AUGGUGGUAGCGAUUGGUUUUGAAGGCUCUGCAAAUAAGCUUGGUGUUGGUAUAAUUAAACAUGAAGGAUCUGAAGUUGAAGUUCUGGCAAACCUUCGAGAUACAUAUAUCACUCCUCCAGGUCAAGGCUUUUUACCACGCGAUACAGCGCUGCAUCAUCGCGAUUGCAUCUUAACCGUUACAAAACAAGCUUUGGCAAAGGCAAAUGUAACACCCGAAGAUAUAGACGUUAUUUGUUAUACAAAAGGUCCUGGUAUGGGUGGACCACUAGUAUCGGUUGCUUUAGCAGCGAGAACAUUGGCAUUAUUAUGGAAUAAGCCUAUUGUUGGUGUAAAUCAUUGCGUAGGGCACAUUGAAAUGGGAAGGGAAAUAACAAAAGCGGAUAACCCAGUAGUACUUUAUGUCAGUGGUGGAAAUACACAAAUUAUUGCUUAUUCACAACAAAGAUAUCGCAUAUUUGGAGAAACACUCGAUAUAGCUAUCGGCAAUUGUUUGGAUCGAUUUGCAAGAAUUCUCAACUUAUCGAAUGAUCCCAGUCCUGGAUACAAUAUUGAACAGUAUGCUAAGAGAGGAAAAAAUUUUAUACAGCUACCUUAUUCAGUAAAGGGAAUGGAUGUGUCAUUUUCGGGUAUUUUAUCACAUAUAGAAAAGUUGGCGAAAGAAGAGUUACCAAAAGGAAGUAUUACACCUGAGGAUCUAUGCUUUUCAUUACAAGAGACGCUAUUCGCUAUGCUGGUCGAAAUAACAGAACGUGCUAUGGCGCACGUGGAGUCGAACCAAGUAUUAUUAGUGGGAGGUGUAGGAUGUAAUGUUCGAUUACAAGAAAUGAUGAAAGAAAUGGCGGCGCAAAGGAAUGGUACUGUAUGUGCAACCGAUGAAAGGUUCUGUAUUGAUAAUGGCCUUAUGAUUGCACACGCUGGCCUAUUAGCUUAUAAAACAGGCUAUACUACACCGUUCGAAGAGACAACGAUUACUCAACGUUUUAGAACGGAUGAAGUGCAUAUUGCUUGGAGACAAUAG